UCCAACUCCCCGAAAACCAAACACAAGCCUGUUCUCUUCUAUAGAACCGUUCCUUCUCUCUACUCGCCACUCGCCACCUGACUAGAGAGAACCUCAAAAAACCCCUCAGAAAGACCCUGACGUUGUCUGCGAGACUUAACUGUAAUCUACAUCGUCAUGUACCGGGCCGCGGCUUCACGUCUUAGGUCUCUCAAGGGUUAUGCAGGCACUUUUGGGACCACUAGGUUUGCGACUUCAAGUGCAGUUGCUGAAAAGCAAUCUUCAGGGGGUCUCUUUAGCUCUCGAGGGGGAAGGUCUGGAACUCUACCUUCCCUGGAUAUCCCAUUUGCAGGCGUGCCCCUCCCUCCUCCACUACCUGAUUAUGUCGAACCGAGUAAAACUAAGAUUACAAUUCUCCCUAAUGGUGUCAAAAUAGCUUCAGAAACAACGCCGAAUCCUGCAGCAUCCAUAGGGUUGUACCUUGAUUGUGGUUCUAUUUAUGAGACACCAGAAUCAUUUGGGGCUUCACACUUGCUAGAACGAAUGGCCUUCAAGAGCACAAGAAACAGAAGCCACUUACGCGUUGUGAGGGAAGUGGAAGCAAUCGGCAGUAACAUAGGAGCCUCAGCUUCUCGGGAGCAAAUGGGGUACACUGCUGAUGCUAUAAAAACGUAUCUUCCACAAAUGGUAGAGUUGCUUGUUGACUCUGUGAGGAACCCAGCCUUCCUGGAUUGGGAAGUCAUUGAAGAGCUGCAAAAGCUGAAAGCAGAUCUCGGAGAACUUUCUAACAAUCCUCAAGGCUUACUAUUAGAGGCUAUUCACUCUGCCGGUUACUCUGGUGCAUUGGCAAAUCCUCUUUUGGCUCCUGAAGCUGCGCUAAAUAGAUUGGAUGGUACCAUUUUGAAGGAAUUUGUUGCUGAGAAUUAUACAGCUCCUCGGAUGGUUCUUGCAGCAUCUGGUGUUGAACACGAGGAGUUUCUUUCCAUUGCAGAACCACUCCUCUCUGACUUACCAAGCACACACCGUUUUGAAGAACCAAGAUCUGUAUAUGUUGGAGGGGAUUAUCGUCGUCAAGCUGAUAUAGGGAACACGCACAUUGCUCUAGCUUUUGAAGUUCCUGGUGGCUGGCGUAAAGAGAAAGAAGCUGUUCUUGUGACUGUUCUUCAGAUGCUUAUGGGAGGAGGUGGUUCAUUCUCUGCUGGGGGCCCUGGAAAAGGGAUGCACUCACGACUAUAUCUCAAUGUCUUGAAUGAGUACCAGCAGAUCCAAUCAUUUUCUGCAUUCAACAGUAUCUUCAAUCAAACAGGAUUGUUUGGAAUUUAUGCUAGCACUAGCCCUGACUUUGCAUCAAAAGCAGUUGAUAUAGCAGCUGGAGAAUUAAUCUCAAUUGCAACACCUGGACAAGUUAGCGAGGUGCAGCUUAAGCGUGCCAAAGAGUCCACAAAAUCUGCAGUCCUGAUGAAUCUGGAAUCUAGAAUGAUUGUAUCAGAGGAUAUAGGGAGGCAGAUCUUGACUUAUGGAAAGAGGUUGCCUGUCGAGCAUUUCUUGAAAGCUGUAGAUGAAAUCACUUUGAAGGAUAUUACUACCAUAUCACAAAAGAUAAUUUCUUCACCUCUAACAAUGGCAUCAUAUGGGGAUGUUCUCAAUGUCCCAAGCUACGAAUCAGUUAGCAGCAAGUUUCAUGCGAAAUGAGUUCUCUUCGUUUCAAGCAUUUUUUAAAUAAAAUUUUGAAGAAGUGAUUUUUGGUGAAUAUAACAGUUCAGCUGUUCAACAAGUGAAUGUUUUUUCACCUAGUUUUUGUCUUUCAUGACAAUACCAAAAUGUCGUACCAUUUUUUUUUCGUUCAUGCUGUAGAAGAAUGCAAACAACCACUAUUAAUUAUGUGGACAAGAGCAAGAGAUCAAACCAGCAGGGGAAAUGGUUUUGUAAUUUUGAUGGUUUUGAUGUUUCAGACAGUCUUCUCUUGGGCUUGGCCUUUAAUUCAGCCACAGAUCCUCAGACAAGGUUGUGAAGGGUUUUGUGCAUGUGUAAACAGAUCGAAGUAGAUACAAUCAGCCACUAUUUUAGCUUUAACGAGGUUAAAAUAUUGUAUACCUCACUCUCUCAGCGUUAUUAUCGAC